UAUGGUCUGUGAAGAUCUGUUCAGGUUUGUGCAGAGUGACGUGAUAAUUGACGUUAUUGUGUGUUUUUGACUGGUUUGACAGAAAGACAGGGUCUCAAGCAGAUUCCGAACAAUUCCGAAGGGGCUGCGGAGGGUUCUUCGCGUAGGAGAAGAGCACGAAAUCGGAACGCUAUUUAGUGAAGAAUGUCGAAGAUCGAAGAGGGCAAUUCCCAUAUUCGGCAGGCUGAAAAAAGUUUAAAGACAUCGCUUUUAAAGUGGAAGCCUGACUUUGAGGUUGCAGCGGAUGAAUACACGCAUGCUGCUACCUGCUUUCGCAUCGCCAAAUCAUUUAAACAAUGCAGGGAGUGCUUAUCGAAGGCUGCGGAUUGUUACAAGCAGAAUCGAUCUUGGUUCCAUGCUGCAAAGAGUAUAGAACAAGUAAUAUUAAUAUGCAAAGAAAUAGGAGAUUUGUCCGAGGUACCCAAACUGGCUCAUUCGGCAUGCUCGCUUUAUCAACAACAUGGUUCACCUGAGUCAGGUGCAACGGUGUUGGACAAAACAGGAAAACUGAUAGAAUCAACCGAACCUGAAAAAGCCCUUGAACUGUUCCAGCGUGCAGCUGACAUUGUUAUGGGAGAAGACAGUCCAAGACAGGCUGCUGAGUACAUGAGUAAGGUAGCAAGACUUUUAGUCAAACUGAAAAUGUACGAUCAGGCUGCAGAUGCUGUCCGUAGAGAAAUAGGGAUGCAUCAGCAGAUAGAUCACAUCCCAUCUGUAGGACGAUUAGCUGUUGCUUUGGUCUUGGUUCAGCUGGCUCGAGGAGAUCAAGUGGCAGCAGAAAAAGCUUUCAAAGAAUGGGGAAAUUACUGUGAUGGUCCCGAGGUGCAAACACUAGAAAUGCUCUUACAAGCCUAUGACAACGAAGAUGCGGAGUCUGCAAGGUCAGCUUUAAACAGUCCAUUUAUCAAGCACAUGGAUGUUGAAUAUGCUAAGCUAGCUCGUGGGUUGCCUUUACCUCAACAAGAAUAUGCCAUUCCACCAGCAGGCGUUAGGCCAAAUGCAGCUGAAUCUUACAUAUCCCCUAAUGCUAGCAAAUUAACCAGUCAGGCUACUGUUGAAGCAGAAGUUAAUCAAGAUCUGCCAAGCAAAGAGAAAGAGUCAGCAGGUUCAGUUAACAUAGAAGUGGAGGAAAAAGCAAUCGAUGAGUCAGAGCAGUGUUCUCCUCCUGCCAAACAACCUCCUAUGAACAAAAAGGAGGAUGAAGACGACUACGAGGGAGGACUCUGUUGAUCGUUUUGGCUUAUCUAUUUCGAGAUAUCUGAAACUAAUGCGUAUUUAUUGUAAUGCGCAUAAAUUAUUCUCUGUAUUAAUCAUGACUCGUUGACAUGAGCGAUCGCCUGUAAAACACGUCUUGCACGCUGGAAGUGCACUUUGCAUUUCAGUUCUUCGACAAUAGAAGCACUGCUGAUUUCCAAUAGAUAACCAACGGUUCUACUAUACACAUUACCUGCACUAAUCUGCGAAGCCGGGUUAGUGUAUUGCAUUUAUCAUUAACUUCACCUUUGAUCAAAAUAAAUUUAAGAGUGGCAGUAAUCUUGAUCUCUUUUUAGAGGGACUCGUCGUUUGUGUCCUUCAUGGUAGUACAAGGUAAAUACUUUGUAUGCUACUACCCGUUAUCAAAGCUAAAUGUUUUAGUGAUUAAAAUAAUUGUUGCGCAAUACAGAUGUACAUGUAUAUAUUAAUUUAAAGUUCCACGUCAGAGAGUUACCCAAUAAAUAUGUUGCUUAAAAUUGAAA